AUGCCUGUCGGAACUGUUCUCGUCACCGGUGGCACGGGCUACAUCGGCUCCUUCACGACUCUGUCCCUGCUGGAUGCCGGCUACGAUGUCGUCAUUGUCGACAGCCUCUACAACUCGUCCAAGGUCGCGAUUGACCGCAUCGAGCUGCUCUCCGGCCGCCGUCCCGACUUUUACCAGAUCGACAUCACCGACGAGAAGGCGCUCGACGAAGUCUUUGCCAAGCACCCUGCCAUUGACAGCGUCAUCCACUUUGCUGCGCUCAAGGCGAAGUCGUCCAUCAUCCCUCUCGAAUACUACCGCGUCAACGUCGGCGGCAGCAUUGCGCUCCUUCAGUCCAUGACGCGCCACAAUGUCACCAACAUUGUCUUCUCCUCCUCUGCCACCGUCUACGGCGAUGCCACUCGAUUCCCCAACAUGAUUCCCAUCCCCGAGCACUGCCCCAUCGGCCCGACCAACACCUACGGCCGCACCAAGUCCAUGAUUGAGGACGUCAUCACCGACCACGUUACCGCCCAGCGCAACAACCUGCAGAAGGAGGGCAAGCCUUUCGAGCAGUGGAACGGCGCUCUGCUGCGCUACUUUAACCCCUGCGGUGCGCACCCCAGCGGCAUCAUGGGCGAGGAUCCCCAGGGCGUUCCUUUCAACCUGCUGCCCUUGCUGGGACAGGUUGCGACGGGCCAGCGCGAGAAGCUCUUGGUCUACGGCGAUGACUACCCUUCCCGCGACGGAACCGCCAUCCGCGACUACAUCCACGUCGUGGAUCUCGCCCGAGGCCACUUGAUGGCCCUCAACUACCUCCGCUCCAACCAGCCCGGCGUCAAGGCCUGGAACCUGGGAUCCGGCCGAGGCAGCACAGUCUUUGAGAUCAUCAAGGCCUUCAGCGACGUUGUCGGCCGGCCCCUGAAGUACGAGGUCGUUCCUCGGAGAGCGGGCGACGUUUUGGACCUGACUGCCAACCCUACGCUCGCCAACAAGGAGCUGGGAUGGAAGACGGAGCACACCAUGGAGCAGGCUUGCGAGGAUCUCUGGCGGUGGGUCAAGAACAACCCUCAGGGAUACCGACAGGAGCCGCCCGCCGAGCUGCUGGCCGCCAUCAAGAAGGCGUAAAUGGGUUCGGGCUUGGAAAAGGGGGUGGUUUGGCAGAGCAAGGAAAGAAAACAAAACAACAAAAAGCAAGGACUUUGGAUGUGAUGCUUAAAAUAGACGCGACGACCCGUUUCAGGUACAUUUCGCCAUGAGGCGUCAUUCCACAAUUUGGGUACUGUUGGACAAUGGAUCCUUUUGUAUCACCUACCUACGUACGAUACGCGAGAGUAAGCAUCAAGGACACGAGUCUAUUCGAUAGAAAUGAAUGAUUCAAAAGAUACAUAUCUCUCUCUCACUUACACACACACACACACUCUCUCGCUAAUUGUAUACAAUCAUGUGUAUCUAUUCAUCUCUUCGUCAACAUGAUCGCUCAAACGCCUACUCAAUCAAUCUUGAGCAAAAGUUUGCCCGUCGUCUUUCUGCUCUCGAGAUCAAUGUGCGCCUGCGCAGCAUCCUUGAGGGGGUAAAUCUUGUGGAUCUUGACCUCGACCUUCUUGGAGAGAACAAGGUCAAAGAGCUCGGACGUGUACCUUUCCAGGUCUGCCCUUUCAGCGACGUAGCCGUUGACGACGGGCCUCAUGAGGCGGCCGUUUUUGGGGCCCAGCUGCAAGAUGUUGAAAGGGGGCACGGCUCCCGACUUGAAGAUGGACGCAUUGGUUAGCUUACUAUUCCUUUCAUCAUUUCAUUCUUCCAACCUCCUUUAUUCUCUCCCUUUUUUUUCUUUCUUCUUCUUUUUCAUCCGUUUCACAAGGAAGGGUGAUAAAAACUUACCGCGUUGCCAAAGGAAAUGAGAUGGCCCUUGAGCGCAAGCAUCUGCAAAUCCGCAUCAAACGUCGCCUUGCCCACGCCAUCAAAGAUGACAUCGAUCCCAUGGCCCCCCGUAAUCUCAUUCACCCUCGCCACGAUGUCAUCAUUCGAAUUCACCACGUAGUCGGCGCCGUACUUCUUCGCCAGCGCAAGCUUCUCCUCGGUGCUGGCCGUGGCGACAAUCUUGGCGCCGACGCUGCGCAGCAUCUGCACGAGCAGCGUGCCCACGCCUCCCGCGG